GCUCGGCGACCCCCGAGCCGCUCCGCUGUCAGACGCCGCAGGCUCCGAGCUCCUCGCACCGCGCACCCUCUGGGGUUUCUCCAGAGUCUGCUCGGCCUCGCUAUAAAUAACAGCGGCUCUGACGCCGAGGAUCCAGGAAGGCGCAGCUCGCUCCUGACCAACUCCUGGGAGCCCCGAGGGGAGCCUGUGUCCCCAUGGCGAUGCUCCUGAGACUCGGCUGCUCGCUGCUGGCCCUCAGCACUUGCCUGUUUCCGCGGGCAAGGGCGGACUGCGGCCGCGACUGCGCUGCCUGCGCCUACCGCCUGGGACCCCGCGCAGGCAUACACCCUUUGGCAUGUACACUAGAAUGCGAAGGAAAGUUGCCUUCUGCCAAAGCUUGGGAGACUUGCAAGGAGCUUCUGCAACUGGCAAAGCUGGAUCUCUCUGAGGAUGGCAACAUAGCUCCAGGAGACAAGAAGGACAUGGAUGAGAACCAUCUGCUUGCAAAGAAGUAUGGAGGCUUCAUGAAAAGAUACGGGGGGUUCAUGAAGAAGAUGGAUGAGCUCUACCGGGUAGAACCGGAGGAUGAAGCUAAUGGAGGAGAAAUCCUAGCUAAAAGGUAUGGAGGGUUUAUGAAGAAAGACUCAGAUGAUGAUGCCCUUGCUAAUUCCUCUGAUCUGCUGAAGGAGCUUCUAGGAACAGGAGAUAACCCUGAGGCGGGGCAUUACCGAGAUAUAAAUGAAAAUGAUGGGGAUGUCAGCAAAAGAUAUGGAGGCUUCAUGAGAAGCAUAAAGCGCAGCCCUGAGUUGGAAGAUGAAGCCAAAGAGCUGCAAAAGAGAUAUGGUGGCUUCAUGAGAAGAGUGGGCAGGCCAGAAUGGUGGCUGGAUUACCAGAAACGAUAUGGUGGGUUUCUUAAGCGCUUCGCCGACUCCAUUCUCCCUUCAGAAGAAGAUGGGGAAACUUAUUCCAAAGAGGUCCCAGAGAUGGAAAAGAGAUAUGGUGGAUUUAUGAGAUUUUAAUACCUUUCCCUUUAUCCUUUUUGUCCUAAAUGAGAAAGACUGCCUUAUUGGUCAUAACUUAUUGUAAUGUGUUGCUUGUACUGUACAGUUUUUUACUGUCCUUGGUUAAUGAUGCAACCUGCGAUUUGUUGUUUCACGUUUCGUGUUCUUCCAAGUCAAAUAACUAAUUUUAGUUUUAGUCAAGUUUCAGUCUGUAUUGUACCUUCCAUGCUAGAACUAUUUUGAUUACUGUAUUCAUUUCCUUUAAAGGAAGUACCUCUACAGUAGAGUUGCUUAACUGUAUGUACAAUAAAUUCUUCAUCCUAACUGCAUAAA